AAGUGGUCAAAUUCGGCCGUAAGCGACUGAUGUUUACAAAUUUGUAAAUUCGAGCUGUACAUCGUCAUCGCCUACUUUAAUUUUCUUUUCCAACGGUGAUUGCACAUGAUCAAGUGUUUGAUGAAAAGUUGAGAGGACCUACUGAGCUUGAAGGACUACCCGGUUAGUUCAUAGACAGAAGCAAGCAACGAUCUAAAUUUGGAUUCGACGGACUCGUGCACGGCCAAAAACGUCGGGGUAUUUAAGGAUAUUGGAACGAAUACAAAAUCUGAUGCAAUGGGGGACAGUAUUAAUAGACUAUUCACAUGUGAAUUUUGUCAUGAAUCAUUUACGGAAAUUGGGCUCAAGCGCCACAUGGACUCAUUCAUUCUUCCUCCUGACGAUUUAGAUUAUGUUUUAAACCUGAAGGAUUACUGGGAACAUAAUCAAUUUUGUGAAUGUGAGAUUUGUCGCCAAUUAUUUGGACUGCAAACUGAGCUAAAGCAUCACAAGGACACAGAUGAUAUUCAAAGAAAACACUUGAAUCUCACUGAGAACAUAAUUUCAGUACAAAAUAAGGAAAAACCCAUCUCUUGUAACCUUUGUGGCCAAUCAUUUGGACAAAUGGGUAACCUUCAAAGACACAUCAAUACAAAACAUAAGGAGAUAAAACCCUAUAAGUGUGACAUGUGUCCUUUGUCAUUCGGCCGCAAGGAUAAACUCCAAGGUCACAAGCAAAGCGUACAUAGACAGAACCCCUUCCCAUGUCAUAUUUGUUACAAAUCAUUCGCAUUCAAGAAGGACUACUUAAAUCACUUGAGGGAAGAACAUAGCCAUUGCCAACGUAAAUUGCCCGUAAAACUAGAACAUAAAGAGAAAAAACCCUUCCAAUGAGAUGAAUGUGACAGAUCAUAUGGAGAAAAGAAAAACCUCGAUAAACACAUUAGAAAAAUACAUUAUUCUCAAUUAAUCUCAAGAGACACAUAAGCAUAGAACUUGAGACUAGUCAACUUUAUGAAUGUAAACAUUGUUCACAAGUAUUCGAAAACAAAAGCAACUUUUAUUCGCACACAAAAAAGGUCCAUCUCCAGCCGGUUUAGCUACCACAAUCGCAGAUAUCAAAAUAAACUUAGGAGCUACAAUUUGACAUCCCAUAAUUUUGAUUACCCGAGACAACUGCUAUAAAAGAGAAUAUAUCUACUCUUCUAUGAGUAAGCUAUGUAAUUUUAAAAAAUCUUCCGAAAAAAUAUCUUUUAAUGCAUUGAAAAA